GCUCCUAUUCUAAUUUAUUGUUUAAUUUCUAGUCCAUACCACAUUUCUAUAAUAAGCUUAUACAGGCACUCAAAACAAGCGAUGCACCACAUUAGCCGUGUAAUUUAUACUAUUCACUUUUAUUUGGUUUAAUUCCAAGCUAAACUAAGCCUCAACCUCAGCUCCUCCAGUGUACUGCUACUAACCGACUAAUAGCUGCGCUUCUUCCCAUAAGUUCCUGCCACCGCAAAAUGUUUGUGACUUUGGCCAAGAUUUUACCACAUGCAGCGCAUCCACCUACGAAUGCUGUGGUAACCAACCCGGCGACAUUAGUUUCGUGGCGGAUAACGACAGCAAUAACCGUUAUCAUUUAUUCCAUUAUGGAAAUAUUUAAAUAGGAUUUUAUCAAAACCCCUUUUCUGCAACGGUCAACGGGAAAUGAACCGGGAAUACCGGGCACCGGGCAACAGGGACUUGGAAUGUGUGUGGUUGUUGUGUGAUUGUCGUCGAGUCCUGGACCCCAUUGGCGUUUACUAAUGCUACAACCGUGUGCGGCUGUAGCUUCUGGCUAAAAGCUGGUAGAAAAUAAGCAUCCGUGUUACUGCCGCAAUGUAGUCGUACAAUGGUAUAAGAAAAACCACAUCCCUGUUGCAAGCGUGCAUUUUAGACCUGUGCACCGUUCUGGCUUAGAACGGUAUGUGCUUUCUUGCAAACACUAAAGACGUUGGGGAUUUUUAUCGCCUACUGGGGCGAGUUUCGGGGCGGGUGUUUAGUAGUUUAGUUUCUUUUUUUCUGCUUGUUCCUUCUCUAAUGUUACAGACGGACGGAAAGUUCAUAUCUAAUCCUGUUUCAGCUGCUGCACCAGGUCCGGACGAUUGUCGGGAUUAGUAAAUGGUCCACAACAUGAGCAAGGUUGAUGGUUUCUGGGGAAUUGCAAAGACAUAACUAAGCUAGAUGUUCCAAUUUUGUCACUCCCAAUGAAAGAGCAUGCAAAACAAGUUUUUAUGCUGAACUUUUUGUGCUAAUGCUUUUUCCCGUAUUCCAGUUUUUGCAGCAAAUAAACACUACAACAGUUAUGGUUAUGAAAGUGAAUGCCAAUUUAAUUAAAAUCCACCACGUCUACUGUCGGUAUGGUUUGCAGUUACUAUUAUGCUAUUUCUUAUUCUUAAAAUGUGCAUAUAAGUUAAAAUCUGCUAGUGUAUUCGUUUAUAGUUGUAAAACUGUGGAAAACAGUGGUAAAUAGUUUUCGUCCGUGCUUGGCAUUUGAUGCAAUUGUUCACCAGCAAUGUGUGUAAGUACGUGAUUUGCGGGAAGUCCCUUUCGCUCUGGAUAACCAUACAACGAUGAAGUAGCAAGGUAAAUGCAAACCCUACGGCAUAAGAUAGUGAGCAGAAAUGCUUGCACAAAACUUCGCCGCAGAGAAGAGUACAGCUUUAAUUUAAUUUCUAUCGAUCAUACAGUCUAAAUUUAGCUUUAAUAACGUAAUGAUGCACUGUAACAGGAUUCUUCAUUUUCUGUGCCAUAUCGCUUUCAGGAUGUUGAGCCUAAUUGACUCUAAACUGGGCGCAUUAGGCAGUAGGACGGUUUUACGAGACUGACCGAUCCAGACAGGCCAUCAACUGCUGAACUGCUGAAGGCGAUGCUGUACCUUCGGUAUGCUCUCAUUGGAUGGAUUCGGAUCCAUCCUUAUUUACUAACUAACAUCACACAUUUUUAUUGUUACCCCGUAAUGUACAUACAGCAGUGUGCACAAUUUAAUGCACGCUCACGUGGUCACUGAAACGAAAGUAUCGUUUUACGGUGUACGCUAUGGAUUCCAGUCCAUUAAAAACAAAUUGUCUAAAGUAAACAUUUGAAUUACGACCUCCCUACACGAUGGGUUUGUUUUUCAUUAUGUCAAGUCUUCCAGUCAGGUUUACCACUGCUAUCUUACAUGUGGAAAAGAAUAUUAAGCCGCAUCGUUGGGAGGGCGUGAAGUGUACGUAUUAUACACGUACAUUGGAUUCGGUUUAGGCUGUUGUACUAUCGGUGAUAAGACAUUUUUUCCAUUGUGUUGUGCAUUGGGAGAAAGUAUCGAGGCGUAAAGUUUGCUGAUGAUACGGUAGUGUGCCAGUAUUGGGUUACGCAUGAUGUAAACUGAUGAAUGAUAACCAGCAGUUAUGUGUAUUGCGUUAGAUUUUCUGCAAAUCAUUGCAAUGGAGCAGUUUCACUACAAGAUCUUGUACAUCGUCUGGAUAUUGUCUAGUCUCAAAGGCUUUUUUGUCACGGUGUAGUAGCCCAAGAAGAUGAGUCAGCGGAGCAGGAAGCUCUGCUUCAGCCAGGAGUGAGCGAAUAAGUGAGCAAGGGCUGCUAGUAUAAUUACAGAAAGAUGCAUGCCGUCAAAGUAGGCGCGGUGUGGCUUUCUACUGUGACGUAUAAACGUUCCCAGCCUGCCUGCUGGGACCAUAAAUUACUCGAUGGAAGAAGCCCGACACAUUUGGAUGGCAGCUGUGGAAGUUGUUGCUAGUUAGUUGUAUAUUGAGUAAUCGUUUACUCGGUUGUUUUACUCACAUUCGCGCACGUUGGUCGAACGAGUGUUUUGAGGUAUAGAAGCAGGGAAGGUGAGCACGGGAGAGAAGAAAAGGUAUCUGCUGCUGGUGUUAGACGGCGGCUGCCAAGUCAUGCCAGAAAUUGCCGCGGGAAGUGGUGUCCAAACUGAGCGAGAUCGCACACGGCGGCAGGAAAAGCAGGCGUUUCUUGGAAUGAAGCUGGUAGAAACCAUUUGCUGCCUGAUUUGCGCCGGGCUGCACAUCCAGGGAUUCCUGCACUAUCCGGAACCUUUUCCCCACGAGAUGUUGUUCUGCGGUCUGUACGCCAGCUACUUCCUGAUCUCGUUCUACUCGUUCCUGUUUCUGUACAAGGGCUGCUGCGGGUUAAACUACACCGUCGAGGCGAUAGUGUCGGGCGCUGCGUUCCUGCUGUUCGUGGUGUCUGCGUUUGUUUCGAUGUACCACGCGGAAAAGGACAUCCAUCUUCAGUACCUGACGGAUGAGGAGGAAUGGUAUCACUCGUUUUUUGUUUAUUGCCGAUUACAAAGCUUGGGUGCAACAAUUACGGCACAGAUGUUUCUGGUGCACUGUUCGCUUGCGCUGGAUUUGGCCGGGUUGCUUGACCGAUGGUUUGGACGACUCGGUGGUCGUCGGUCGGAUGCCGAGGGCGGUUUUUCGACGGAGGAUGUGCAAGCGAGUGGAAGAUUGAAAAUCAACCCAUUCUGGAUGCCCGCAUGGAAAGUUAUUCUCAAACGACUCCCAUGCGACUGUAAGACCGAAUCUAGUGGUUGAAUGAUGGCUCUGCAAAUUAUAUAGAUUCAAUCCGUAGUUGAAUAACUGCUAUUAUUAAUAAUAAAGUUUUCAAAAGAGA